GAAGCAUUUCCGCUUUUAGCCAGUAAACAAAACCUACCUAUGUAAACAAAUUCAGCUGAUCAAGUUUUUGUGGUAAUCUUAACUUUGUGAGCGAAACCUGACUAGAGAUAUUGGCUUUGUCUGUAAGACAGAAAAUGAUGUCUCAUAUUUUUAUAGCUGUUUUCACAUGUGUGGUUCUUUCUACUGUUUCUGGCCGAAGUACAGGAUCAGCAUGUGAUUUCACACAAGAGAAGAUACAGAAGGAUAUAAUGGAAUGUGCUGUCCAUGAACCGUUUUUGAUGGUGGAGAUAGUGAAACACAUGGACAAUCCAAAAGGCAUGCUAUCUUCAGAUUUUAUUUGCAGCAACAUCAAGGCCCUGGCAGACAUAUUUGUUUGCCUAGAGUCCAAAACAACUGAGUGUUUGUCUAGUGAGCAACAGAACAUCCUGCUGGAAAUGUUGCCUUCCAAACAGAGGCUUGAGAAUCUGCUGCAGUUUGUUUGCCAGCACAAGACUGAACUCAUUGAAACCCAGUGCAUGGACAGUGAUCAGGUGAGAGAGUUUAUGCAGUGCUACGCAGGUAAACUUCAGGGCAUUCAACUCUUUGGUUUCAACAAAGAUAACAUCCAGUCCACCAUUUGCAGCAUCGCCACAGCAGAAGAAUCUUGUCUCAGUAACUUCCAUGGCACAUGCAGUGAGCAAGUGGUCAGCCUGCUGUACCAGACACUUGAGAAAAUGUUCAAUCUGGACAGCUGCCCUAAACAGCUGAACAAUCCAUUUGACAGCAUCUUGGUUCACGGACAGCCACUUCAGUUCAAGCCCCAAGGGGACAUUGGCUACAACAUUGUCACUAACUGAACAACUUGAUCCCUUGUGCUCAGUGUAUCUGUGAUGUACUAGCUGUAGAAGUAUAUACAAAUGAAAUCCUUUUAUUUAGAUGAUGUAGCUCAAAUUUUGUGCACUGAAUUUUUUAAAAUAUAAAUAACGUUGCAGUAAAAAUAAAACAGGAAUGAAAUUAUUUGAAUUAUACGAUUUGGCUCUAAAAUAAAAUGGUUGCAGUGGAAUCCAUUUUGGCCUAACUGGCACUUCACUAUCCAAACACCACUUGAAAAGAAAUAGAGCACUGGAAAUAUUUUAAGACAAAUUAAUAAUUGUUGAAUAAACUAAUAUAUACAAGGGUAAAUCAACAACAGUAGGCUCAUUUUAUCUUAAUUCACAGAUUGAUAUUGUUUGUAUAGUUUUGUUUGAAUUUUAUUUUCUUGGUGCUUUUAUGUAAAAACAAAACUGCAUACUUUAGAGUAGUUUAUUCCAUAUUAGAAGUUUAAUGCACAUGAUCAAUUUAGUUGCCAUAAUAGGACAAAUUUAGCCCUCAUCUGGAUGUAAGAUUGUUGAAUAGCCCACUAACAAUAGAGCAGUGAUCUAGUGGUUUAAUUUUGGGCUUGCAAUAUAUCUAAGUUUGUCUUGUUAUGGUAAUUAAAACUAUAUGUACUUAUGCUGUGUCUAUUAUUCAUUUUUUAAACACUGAGGUAACAUUAUCACUUCUAAAAAGAUAUUAAAAAAAACAAUUUUUGUAAAUAAGGGAAAAACAAUCUCACUGGCUUUUGAUAAAUUUAUUUUCAAUCAUUCCUGGUGCAAAACAGUGAUAACUAAAAAUUUUUUUAUAAAUUUUUUCACCAUGGAUACAAGACUUUUAUAUUUACAUGUACCAAUGAACUUAAAUAAAUGUUUAUUUUCCUC